AUGGGUCUUAAUUCAUCAAUGACUGACAUAAUAAUCUAUCACUUUUUCUCUCCUUGUUCUCGGACAGAAGAGGACGCAGAGGGACGAAAGAAGAAACCCCGGAGAAACAGAACCACCUUCACCUCGGUGCAGCUGACGGCGCUGGAGAAGGUCUUCGAGAGGACCCACUACCCUGACGCCUUCGUCAGGGAGGAACUGGCCAAGCGUACUAACCUCAGCGAGGCUCGAGUCCAGGUUUGGUUCCAGAACAGGAGAGCCAAGUUCAGACGGAACGAGCGGAGUGUCUUGGCCCAACGAUCCUCAUACAAGCCAUCCAACACUACUCCCACUGUUGCUUCCCCCACGGGGCCCGUGGAGCAGCCUCUAGCUCCCAGACCCUCAGGAAGCAGCAGCAUGGGUAUGUGUGAUUAUGGUGGCUAUGGCAGCAUGGGUGUGGGCGUGGGGGCGUGGAAGGGGUCCGGCGGAGGUGUGGGAAGUGCCACUCCUCCGUACCUCUCUCAUUUCACCCCCACUAGCUCCCCAACCCCAAUGUGCACUUCUCUACCUCCAGGGCUGAGUGGGACCUAUGGUGGGGGAGUAGGUGGGGCAGGCCAAAUGGGAGGAGCAUACAUGGGUUCCUCACUGGCUAACCUACGUCUGCGUGCCCACGAGUACUCCCUCCACCAGGGGCAAGUGUGAUCCCCUUUCUCCGUCCUAAUUCCAUCCUUACUAUAUAUAGUGACAGUGUGUAUGGUGCCAAAUAAACUGGAAGCUGUGCAGUUUCUAGUGGCAGGUAUAAUGAGAAAGAACUUUUGUGUUCCUUAGAGUGGCAUUGGAGGCAACAGAGGAGUCAGAAGUCUUAAUGUGUGAGCAACACCACAUAAGACAUCUGUCUUGGAUACAUCUCUUCUUUGACCAUUACAUCAUUAAUGAUCUUGGCAAAGUCAUCUGCAACUACAUAUAUAUAUUUAAAUACAUUGAAGACAGCCAGAAUUUUCAUCGCAAGAAAAAAAUAUUGUAUACUGUAUGUAAAUGCUGAUGGCUGUGUUCCUGGCUAAUCAAAGAAUUGCAUCUAAACAAGAGCACAGCACCAUUUUCCAAUCAGUGGGCUAUCUCCCCAACUAUUGAGUGCUGAAAUAUAUGAAGUGAUCGAAUUGUGCUCAAAGUUAUUUAAUGACUUUUCACAAGUCGCUCAUGACAACGACAUAUCAGAGGUAAUUUAAUAAGUAAGAGUUGUGUGGCAAGACACUAAGACAAAACAACUUGCAGAUGAGAAGCUGAAGGUAAUCUUUGGCUCUAGCCCUAUGAAGAGUUGAAAAUGGGCAUUACUCUCCUGAUGCAGUAUUGAAUAAAGUGAAUCCAAUAAUUUAUCAAACUGGUCACCUAUUACAGUUCGAAUGUGAUGCAAAUUAGACAUUCACAGUGUUCAUAGUGGAAAAAAUGGUAUUACACACCUGUAUAGCAACUCAUUAUGGUUUGAAAAUUUAAAAUGUAUCUUGUAAAUAUGGACAUAAUUUUUAAUACAGGAUAUCUCAGGCGGUUCUCUGGUCCCUUCUUUAAUGUGAUACAAACAGCACCUGAAGCUACCAUACUUUACUUCCAAGAUUGAUGCAAACAGAUUUUCAACAUUCACACAGUUAAAUGCCUUAUAAACAUUCACUAGUACAUAGUGCUGGACAGCUUUCAUAGGAAUAGUCUUAAAUUCACAUGUGGGGACAGGUUCCUAGGCCCUGCUUCAGUGGAUGGUAAAGCUGUGAACAAAUCCUUGACUGUGAAGGGCUCAGUCCUUGCUUCAAGGGUAACAACUGCAUGAUUGUUUAAUCUCCAUCUUCAAGGUCAUUUAAAGGAAGUUCUGUGCUUUCAUAGAUACCAUCAUCAAACUCAAUAAUAUUGACAAAGCAAUCUACACUGUUUUUGUCUCCAGAAAAAAUCACGUCUUGAAAUUUAGCUGAUAUGUAUCUUAAACAUCAUGUACUUAACUAUAUGGUAUGCAUAUGGUGGGCUUCAGGUGCAUCAUGCAUAAUUGUGAGCGAGUGCAAAAGACCCUUUAGUGAACGAUUAUCAUUCACACCCUUCCCACAUGUGAACCACAGUUAAGUACCUUGUUUACUGCCUUGGCAAGUCACUGCUAGAGUGAAUCAGUACUUUGUUUACUGCCUUGGCGAGUCAUUGCUAGGGUGACUGACUCAUUACAUUACCAUCAGUCAGGUCAGUCACUCAAGCGAGACACUGCUGUCUGACUGACUCACUGUGGGUAUAACACAGUUUACGGUAGUUUUUUACAUGAGCAGCUUAAUGUAUCAUUAGUAUGUCAGAAUCAAAAUGUAUAUGUAAAAUAUUUU